CGCCAAGGAAAUGCAACAAAGCCCAGAUAUCAAGAGAAUCAUUUCGAUUCUCACCGGAAGAUUUAGUAAAGCAUGGGAAAGGACAAAUGCUCCCCAUGGAAUGCUUAAAUCUUUAGACAAUGUACCGAAUCUGGAGCCUGGACAUAUUGAACGAACCCUCUUGAGUAUUGGAUUCAAAGCCUGGUUUUCUUAUUUCCUUGCGGGGCAGCGCAAAACUUCACAUUACUCGGGACAUGCUGAUGACAUAUGGGUGCUGGGAGCACUUGAAACUCUCGGUGAGGGAACUCUGCAGGACGUUGCGAGAGCGAUUGAACAGACUCCAUUCCAUCCGACAGUGGAAGACGCAAUAAUCAAAUUGCGCAGACAGCCCAAAAGGAGUUCUCCUUUGGCUUCAAGAAUGGAUGAGUUGAACCCUGGCGAAAUCCAAGUCAGCUCCGUGGCAGCGCUUCGAGAUUCACAGCCACAUCCGCCCUCUGUCCCUACAGUUCCACAGAGUACUACACUCAGUACCGUGGCGAACGGUGAAUCAGGAUCCACAGCGAGGGAGACACCAGGUUUUCAGACGGUCUCAAAUCCUCCUGCCAGGUACUUACCUGCGUUGUUUCGGCCCUACAUGGUCUCGGCGAUCAGGAGGAAUGGUGAUCGAGCCCAUAUAGAGAUGUCGUUUCCCUAUUCUUUCGGUCUUGGGAUGGUUUGUAUGAGUUUAGCUAUUCUACCGAGCAAGGUCGAAUUCCUCGCGCUGAAACUCUUUGGCACUCAAGUGGAUUCCGAAGGAGAGUUCCGCUACAUCGAGCAGGCAAACGGAACGAAACUCCUCAUCAAAAACGAAGUUGUGGCACAAGGUGCCCAAGAGGAAGGAAUUGUUGGACUUCUUAGCCCUGUGUUUUGCCAAAUGCUCGAAGUGAGUCCAGCACGAAAGGCGGAAAUAAAUCAGGGAAUCAUUAACACAAGAUUUGUGAACAUGCAAAUACCUGGUGAUCUCAGCCAGGAUGGAAUUCUUACUAUCAACAUCGGAGAAGGUGAAGCAUACCAGGUCAAAGACAUACUCUUUAAAACAUAAGGAGCUGAUUUUCGGCAUCAUUCCUCCCCUUUCAUCCUGCCUCCGUCUCCCAUGCAUUUCAACAUCAAGCCCACCGGAAUAAUUGCAGAUCCUGUCAUUUUAUCGACCUUUUGUACUUGUACGAAUACACCUCCCACUUCUUUUGCCAGCGUCACCUGUUUACAAUCACGCCAAAAUACUCGUUCGCCAGAUCCAUGAAUGCGAUGAGGGGUCUUAUGGCUGGUUGCCCAAUUUAUGGUCGACGGAUCGAGGUCUUGAAUAGUAAUUUCCGCAGGCGGCUAAAUGAAAUAUUAGCCACAUGAUUUCCACAUAUAAUAACACUUACCAUGAGUAAAAUCAAAUAGCAGCGCGAAUGGUCCGGCUCGCGCUUGAGAAAGGUACUCUUGAUAGUCGUGGAUCUUGGAGGAUUGUGUGGAAGUCGAGAAAUUAUUCUGAAAUUGUCGACGUCACCAGGUUAUCGUGUAAGACAGGUAGAUAGGCCCUAACCGAGUCUGACGGAAAGGUCCAGGAGACGAAGAGUAUUCUGGUUAACAAAGUCUUCCGUGACUGAAAAUUGAGAGAAAGCAUAAGUGACUCUCUCGUGUCAAAUGAGGAAGUAAUGAGGGGUAGAAAUUGGGCAGCAAGGUUAGAGCGCUUUACUACUUUGAGAAAGAUUGUGUCGAAGGUGGAUUUUAUUCCAAGGUGGACUUUUAUUCCAAGGUGGACUUUUAUUCCAAGGUGGA